GCAGCCUAUCCAUUGUUGAGGCUGUAGAUGGGUGUAAUGGAGGCUAAUUGUGACGAUGGUGGCGCUGUGGUCUUGAGAAUGAUAAGGGGAGAGAGUAUUAUCGAGGUAAAAGACACUUGAAGAACUCCACACAGCACACACGUUGGGGGCCCCGUCACUCCCACCAGACCUCCUCCUCCUCCUCCAACUCCAAGCCCACUCCAGCCUCUCUCACUCGCUCACUCGGCAUUCGUCUGUUAGUACUGCCACUCCCUGCCUGUCUGUCUGUCCUCGUCUGUUGCAGAGGGAGAUAGAAGAAACCACACAUUGAUAUAAAAAAGGUUGGUCGGUCAGCGUCAAUAGCUCGUCAAGAUGGCUGUGUGGGAACUCGACAACCCUGCCUUCGCCUCCUUCGCCUUCUACUCCUCCAUCCUGGCGCUCAAGAUGUUGCUGAUGGCGCCCCUCACCGGCUACUACCGCAUGAGUCGCGGGGCCUUUGCGAACCCCGAGGACGCCAAGAAGUUCGGCACGAAGGGGACGAAGACUGACGCUGACGUGGAGCGCGUGAGGAGAGCCCACCAGAAUGACCUCGAGAACAUACCCGUCUUCUUCGUGAUCGCCUCCAUGUACCUGCUCACCCAGCCCAGCACCUUCCUCGCCACCAUGCUCUUCCGCGUCUUCACCCUCGCCAGGAUCCUCCACACCAUCUUCUACCUCAACGAGAGCUCCCUCAGGCCCCUCAGCUUCCUCGUCGGCGAACUGAUCAGCAUCUUCAUGGCGGGCAGUACUUUGCUCUAUCUCUGGUAGUCCUGCCAUGAAAAAAAGCAACAUGAUGAUUUAGGAAGAAAAAUGCAGUAGGAUGAUUUAGGAAGAAGAAAGGAAUGUGAUGAUUUAGGAAGAUAUAAAAAAAGUAGUAUGAUGAUUUAGGGGAAAAGAUGAAAGCAAUAUGAUGAUUAGGGAAGAAAUGAGAAAUCAGUUUAAUGAUUUAGGAAGAAAGUAGACAAAGUAGAUAGCUUAGGAAGGAAGAAGGAUAUUUUUUGCCACCUAUGGACCAAAUAGUAGUGAAAUAGUAGUGAAUAUAUUUUUGUGGUCCUCUUGCCUAUUGUAAUGAAAGAAACAAGAAAGGUAAAUCGUUGUAUCUUUCCUAGACAAGAUGUGUGCGAGAGGUCAGUGUCUAAACUUUAGCUAGAUUAGAAAGGGAUUGUCCAUCAGUGGUGUUGUCUGUAUGCACUCUACUACAGGUUGUGAAUUGGUUGAUAAAGCGUUACCAUUUUUAUACUACAACUUCACUAAUUUUUUAAAGAGUACAAAGUUCUUUUUUUCUCUGUUCUGUGGUGCUAAAUAACAAACAAACGAUGUAAUAAACGGAGCAACGUUCUUCUUUGCUGCAUGUAGAAUUAUUGCUUUCUUAAUGUUGAAAUAAAAGUUACAGGUUUU